AAUCUGUUCGUCUUUCCCCGCCUCCCUUCCCCUUCCCCUUCCCCUUCCCCACUUCCCCAAAACCCUAAUUUCCAUUCUCAAUGGGUCGUGUGAUCAGAGCUCAACGUAAGGGUGCGGGAUCUGUCUUCCGCUCUCACACUCACCACCGGAAGGGCCCGGCCCGUUUCCGGUCACUCGACUUCGGCGAGCGUAAUGGGUACCUGAAAGGUGUGGUCAGUGAAAUCAUUCACGAUCCGGGCAGAGGUGCGCCGUUGGCUCGUGUUACCUUCCGCCAUCCCUUCCGCUACAAACACCAGAAGGAACUUUUCAUCGCCGCUGAGGGUAUGUACACUGGUCAGUUCGUUUACUGUGGGAAAAAGGCUAAUCUUGUUGUUGGUAAUGUGCUCCCCGUUAGAGCCAUUCCUGAAGGAGCUGUGGUUUGUAAUGUGGAGCACCAUGUUGGCGACAGAGGUGUGUUUGCUAGAUGCUCUGGUGAUUAUGCUAUUGUUAUCAGCCACAACCCAGAUAAUGAUACCAGCAGGAUUAAGCUACCAUCUGGAGCCAAGAAGAUUGUACCCAGUGGAUGCCGUGCUAUGAUUGGUCAGGUUGCUGGAGGAGGAAGAACAGAGAAGCCUCUUCUUAAGGCAGGUAAUGCUUACCACAAGUUCCGAGUCAAGCGUAACUGCUGGCCGAAGGUGCGUGGUGUUGCUAUGAAUCCAGUUGAACAUCCCCAUGGUGGUGGUAACCAUCAACAUAUUGGUCACGCCAGUACUGUCCGCCGUGAUGCUCCUCCUGGUCAAAAGGUUGGUCUCAUUGCUGCCAGAAGAACUGGUCGGCUCCGAGGACAGGCUGCUGCUACUGCUGCCAAGGCUGACAAGGCUUAGAGUAAUUCAAUCGGUUCAAGACUUGUUUUCCCUAAUCCUUAGUCCCUUUACAUUAUGUUUGAUUGGAUAUGCAUUUUGUUGAAGACCCUAUUUAGAAGUUUUUGUUUCUGAGUUUUGUUACAAAAAUCCUUUUUUGAACAUAAUAUUCCUCUCCCCCUUGUUUCUUGUUGCUGUGAUGAAUGUGGUGAAUUUGAUAGCAUGAACACCAACGUAAUUUCUCUAAAA